AUGGAGAUGAUGCGACCCAGAAAGACUAAUGGUCUGGGUGUGCAGGUGGAAGAUACACAGAUCUGUGUAGUGAUGGUUGGGCUACCGGCCCGCGGAAAAUCUCUCAUUGCACAGAAAGCUCAACGCUACCUUGCAUGGCUGUCCAUUGACGCAAAGGUCUUCAACGUGGGGAACUACCGUCGCAAAGAAACCGCACAUCCUACCGCCGAAUUCUUCGAUACGAGCAAUGCAGAGGGAGAACGAAUGCGUCGGGCUGCCGCAGAAGCUGCUGUGAAUGAUAUGAUUGCCUGGUUUAAAAAGGGUGGGCUGAUUGGCAUUCUGGAUGCUACGAACUCUACAAAGGAGCGCAGGCGCUGGAUCGCUGAGGCUAUGGACGAGCAUGGUAUUGAGACGUUAUACGUGGAGAGUAAAUGCGAUGACGAAGAUCUAAUUAUGAGCAAUAUCCUCGAAGUCAAGACCACGUCUCCAGACUACAUUGGACAGGAUCCAGAAGAGGCUGCACAGGACUUCCGCAAACGAAUUCGGAAUUACGAGAGGGUUUAUGAGACGAUUGACAAGGACGAGAGUGAUCUCACGUAUCUGAAGAUUAUGGAUGUUGGAAAGCGGGUCAUUAUCAAUCGCAUUCAGGACUAUCUACAAAGUCGCGUAGUUUAUUACCUGAUGAACCUUCACAUCAAGCCCCGCUCUAUCUGGCUCUCGCGGCAUGGAGAAUCAGAGUACAAUCUUGGUGGUCAGAUUGGUGGUGAUGCCGACCUCUCGCCGCGGGGUCAUGAGUAUGCCAAGCUUCUUCCAGAACUUGUCCGCAGAUCAGUUGGGGAUGAUCGACCCCUAACUGUCUGGACCUCAACCCUCAAACGCACCAUUCAAACCGCCCGGUACCUUCCUAAGCACUACAACCAACUACAAUGGAAAGCCCUGGAUGAACUCGACUCUGGAGUCUGCGACGGCAUGACGUACCAAGAAAUCGCAGAAGCCUACCCCGAAGACUUCGCCGCCCGAGACGAAGAUAAAUACAACUACCGCUACCGCGGCGGCGAAUCAUACCGAGACGUAGUAAUCCGCCUCGAGCCCAUCAUAAUGGAACUCGAGCGAUCCGAAGACAUCCUCAUCGUAACGCACCAAGCCGUCCUACGUUGCAUCUAUGCCUACUUUAUGAAAAAGGACCAGACCAAAUCGCCCUGGCUAGCCGUCCCGCUUCACACUCUGAUCAAGCUUACGCCCAGAGCAUAUGGUACUAUUGAGGAGUAUGCGAGUUCGGGCAUCGAUGCCGUUAGUACGUGGAGAGGCCAGGGGAGUGUGGCACACCAUGAAAAGCCGCCGGUCGGGGCAGAGGGUGUUAUCGGGAAUGUUGCGAAUGGGGAGAAUCCUCCUUGA